CCAUUUUGUGCCGCCGCAGAUUCAUCUGACAGGAUCCGUUACGAGCAGUUUCCAUCCUCUGAUUCGGGCUUAAGCAACUCUUCUCUAACCUUUCGCCCUCAGAUACCGUACCCUUUUGCUCGGUCUGUUCCGCCAGUGUCGGACAGUAUUAUUUCAGUGUUAUUGCGGUUUUUGAGGUGAAAUCUGAGGAAUAAUGUCGUCGGGAAGUCCAGAAUACUCGCCGUUCUUCGCAGUGAUGGGCGCAUCAGCAGCGAUGGUCUUCAGCGCGUUGGGUGCGGCGUACGGCACAGCUAAGAGCGGCACGGGUAUUGCUGCCAUGUCUGUGAUGCGUCCAGAGCUGAUCAUGAAGUCCAUCAUUCCUGUCGUCAUGGCGGGAAUCAUCGCUAUAUACGGUCUGGUUGUGGCCGUCCUCAUCGCCAACAACAUUUCAGACAAGAUCACUCUGUACAAGAGUUUCUUGCAUUUGGGCGCAGGGCUUAGCGUUGGUCUGAGUGGGCUGGCGGCCGGUUUCGCCAUUGGCAUUGUCGGAGACGCAGGCGUUCGCGGCACCGCUCAGCAGCCGCGCCUCUUCGUCGGCAUGAUCCUCAUUCUGAUCUUUGCUGAAGUCCUGGGGCUCUACGGCCUCAUUGUAGCUCUGAUUCUCUCAACCAAAUAAACUGGCAGUCGAAACGCAACACUGCCGUACCAGACGAAGGGGGACGUGGAGCAUGAAAAAUAAAGUGGGAAGGGGGGAAUAUAUACGAAACCUUAAACUAAGAAACGAAUAUUAGAAGAAAUGAUCAGUUGAAAAGGUUCAACAGGCUCUUUGCGUUUGGUUUUACACUGAAAGUUACAAUCUGAUUUCUUGUAAAUGCCGGUAUAUAGUGAUUUUGUCCUGUGUCUGUGAAGUUAAAAUAAUGAUAAUAAUAAUAAUAAUAAUAAUGAAAGUAAUAGAUCUCAUUCUCUGUUUGUUUCCCUCCCCCCUCCUGCCAAUCAUUUUGUUAGCCAAUCACGUGAUCUCUCUCGCUCUCUUCACAUUUAAAGAGAUGAAAUGCACGAAUGCCAUUGGUCUCUUCCUAUCGCAAGAUUUGGGAGUUGUUUUCUGAAAUGUCCACAUUGAUGUGAGUGUUUGUAAAGUGGCAAAAAAAAAAAAAACUGACGAAUUUGUAUGUGGAAUGAAAUAGUUUUUGUUUUCACAUCCAUUUUUAUUUUCCUCUGAUUUUAUUUGUAAAGAUAUUGUUCAUGUCAAUGUACUUGGAGCUCCUCAAUUUCUCUGUUUGAUAUUUAUAUAUGCAUAAAUAUAUAUAAUAUAUAAGAUAUAUAAGAAUAGAGCUGCACUUGCUGGGUUUCCUAUACUCUCUAUAAACUGGGUUUGCUGGUGAGUGCAGUAUUGGGGAGUAUUUCAGCUCAAUGUGUGUAUUUAUGGUUGUUUCGUGUAUAUCUGAUGUUUGGCUGUAUUAAAGAUGUGUGUGUGCCCCUCUGAGGGUGUCACAAGUGUAAUUUCCAUA